GACAGUGGGGAAGGAUGCAAGCUGUGCAACGGCAUCGUGCGACUCCCAGACAUUCAGAACCUCCACAAAGCAUCAAGGAAUUACUGAAGGAGUUCCAAGACAUUCUUCCCGACGACCUUCCGAACGAGCUGCCGCCAUACCGAACUCACCAACACGAGAUCGUGGAAGAACCACGUUCGAAGCCGACCUUCCGAGCACCAUAUUGGCUCAGCCCCACGAAGCUAGCCGACAUGAAGAAACAAAUCGAGUAUCUCCUCGCGAAAGGACUCAUCCGACCAUCUACUUCACCAUACGGUGCCCGAGUACUCGUCACACCAAAACCAGACGGAAUCCUGCGCAUGUGCAUCGAUUACCAAGCUCUGAACAAGCAGACCAUCAAGAAAAAAUACCCAAUACUACGAAUCGAUGACCUGCUUGACCAGCUUCGGGGAGCCACGGUAUUUUCCAAACUGGAUCUUCGGUACAGAUACUGGCAGAUAUGAAUGGCGGACAAUUCCAUCCACAAAA